GAAAUGCGUUGUAAUUUCACGUUUUAUUUGUCCAUUUCUAACAUGAAAUAUGUAGUUACCGUCGUAAGCGUUUUCGUAACUUUGGUAAGGUGGUUUUGUCCCCGCUGAUCAGUGCUAAUUGGGGUCAACGGAAUGAUGUGCCAGCUAUGGCCACCAGCCCAAUGCUUCAGGAGCGAAUCAAAGCAGCCAAGGAGCUGCUAGUGCGAGUGGAUCUGCUAUGCAGCCGUCAGGCCCGAGAGGUAGAGGGCCGUGCCAAGCUAUGCAGCAAGCUUCGCGCCGAACUCAAAUUCUUGCAGAAGGUGGAAGCUGGGCAGGUCGUGAUCAAAGAGUCUCACUUGCAAAGCACUAACCUCACCCACCUGAGAGCCAUCGUUGAGUCCGCUGAAAGCCUAGAAAACAUCAUGAGUGUUUUGCAUGUGUUCGCGUACGAGGGCCCAGAUGGGCAGAAGCAAACGCUGGUGGUGGAUGUGGUCGCCAAUGAUGGACACACGUGGGUUAAAGCCAUUGGGCGGAAAGCAGAGGCCUUACACAACAUCUGGCAGGGCCGGGGGCAGUAUGGGGAUAAGAGCGUGAUCCGGCAGGCUGAAGAUUUCCUCGAGGCCAGCCGCCAGCAACCUGUGCAGUACAGCAACCCUCACAUCAUCUUUGCCUUCUACAACGGUGUCUCUAGUCCCAUGGCUGACAGGCUCAAAGAGAUGGGCAUCUCAGUGAGGGGUGACAUUGUCGCUGUAAACACAGUUGCAGGUGGAGGAGAGGAUGACGAACGGGCAGAGGAGGAUGACGAGGACGAAGGCGAGGACGAAGCUGGUUUCGGAGAAGACGACCAGGAGGAGAAUGAGGCUGUGGAGGAGGAAGAUGAGGACGAUGACGCUGACAUCAUGCACACCUGUGUGGACCGGGACACCAUUGUGGCCAGCCUGGCUUUCCCCACUGAGGUGAAGGUGGACGUAUGCAACAGAGCCAACCUAGAUAUCACCACGCUCAUCACGUACGUGUCCUCGCUGAGCCAUGGCAACUGUCACUACACAUUCCGCGAGCAAGUGCUGACAGAGCAGGCCGCCCAGGAGCGCCAGGAGAAGGUGCAGCCCAAGCUCGAUGCAUUCAUGCAGGGAAAGGAGCUCUUUGCCUGCCACUCAGCUGUCCACGACUUCCGUGUCAUCCUGGACACGCUGGGUGGGCCUGGAGAGAAAGCCCGGGCUGAGCAGCUCCUGGCCCGGCUCACAGUGGUGCCAGACCAGCCAUCAGAGCGCACGCAGCGCCUCGUCACCAGCUCCAAGGUGAACCGCAGGUCACUCAUGAUCUUUGGCACUGGCGACUCGCUGCGCGCCGUCACCAUGACUGCCAACAGUGGGUUUGUGCGCGCAGCCGCCAACCAAGGGGUGCGCUACAGUGUGUUCAUCCACCAGCCACGUGCGCUGACAGAGGGCAAAGAAUGGAGAGCCACUCCAAUAUGAGAAAUGACUGAAAUGCAAUGAAACGGCACAGAUCAUACAAGUGGAAUAACGUGCAAUAGCACUUUAAAUGCAAGAGAUGAACAGGCCCGUUAUAUUCUGAGUUUAAAGUGAAACAUUUGCAAGAGGCGCCAUUAUACAGUUGUAUGUAAGUUGCACAACUGGCUGCUAAUAAGGGCAGUGUGAGCUGCAUUUGGGUUAACCCUUUACAGGAUGUUCUGUUUCUGUGAGCUCAGUGCCUCAACCAUAGCCUGCACAGAUAUCGAAUGUACCAAAAUGUCAUAUCAGCAGAAACCUAUAUUGUGUCAAACAACAGAUACUGUACACUGUGUUUAUAUCGUAUAUGGUGACUUGUCUACAACAAAAAAUUAGCUUUUAUUUAUAGUUUCCCCCCUUGAAAUUUUGGUUUUCCAAUCUGUGUACUUUGAUGUGUAACAUUUAAGUUUCUAUAUCUACCAUUGGAACAUUUUUCUUUUGCAUAAGAAUACAUUGAGAAAGGUUAAAAUAAACAUCCAUGCAAUUAC